ACAGUACAUACGGAUUGAUAUAAAAACCGCACCCCGCCCCACCCCGGCGGAGCUCAAAAAAUUACAUUCCCAAUCUCAAUCCCAUCACCACUACCAUUGUUUUAUCGAUAGCAAUCAGUUCACUACCAUGUCGAAGAUCCCCGUCGCUCUAUAUCUCUACAAGCGACUCCAUGAGCUCGGUGUGAGAGGUGUUCACGGUGUUCCUGGCGACUUCAAUUUGGCGGCAUUGGACCUUCUGCCCGAUGCGGAUCUGUACUGGGUCGGCAAUUGCAAUGAGCUCAAUGCUGCUUAUGCCGCCGACGGAUACGCCCGAAUCAAGGGAAUGUCGGCAUUGAUCACGACGUUCGGAGUUGGUGAGCUUUCCGCAGUCAAUGGAGUAGCCGGCUCCUACAGCGAGCACGUCCCCGUCUGCCACAUCGUCGGCAUGCCCAACAGCACCUCCCAGAAGAGCGGCCUCCUCCUGCACCACACUCUCGGCAACGGCGACUUCACUGUCUACGCUCGGAUGUCGGCGUUCAUCUCCGAGGCGACCACGACGCUCCUCGACCCGCACCGCGCCGCCGAAGAGAUCGAUCGGGUGCUGCGCACCUGCUGGCUGCGCGCGCGGCCCGUCUAUAUCGGCCUGCCCACGGACAUCGCCUUCCACCAGAUCUCCGACGAGCGCCUCAAGACGCCGUUGGACCUGUCACUCCCACCUAACGACGCCGAGACCGAGGCCGAGGUGGUCCGCGAGAUCGCCGAGCUGAUGUACGCCUCCAAGAACACUGUGAUCAUCUCCGACGCCUGCGCCAUCCGCCACCGGGUCCUCAGCGAGCUGCACGAGCUCGUCGAGAACACGAAGCUACCCACCUUCGUCUCGCCCAUGGGCAAGGGCUCAGUGAACGAGACGCACCCGGCGUUCGGCGGCGUGUACUGCGGCGACGUAUCGCGCGAGGACGUCAAACGGCGGGUGGAAGCGGCAGAGCUGAUCCUGUACGUCGGCGGUCUCAAAUCCGAUUUCAACUCGGGCGGCUUCACGUACCGCGUUGAGAAGCGCAACACGGUCGAGUUCCACAGUGACCACAUGCAGAUCCGCUACAGCACGUUCCCCGGCAUCCAGAUGAACCACGUCCUCCGCAAGCUGAUCGACUCCCUCGACUACUCGCGCAUUCGCACCACCGAGACCCCCGUCAUGGACAACAUCAUCCCCCAGCGCGAACGCCAGAGCAUCAGCCAGGAGAUCACACACGCCUACUUCUGGCCACGCGUCGGACAGUGGCUGCAGGAGAACGACGUCGUCAUCACCGAGACGGGCACGUCCAACUUCGGCAUCCUCGAGGCGCGGUUCCCCGCGCACGUCACACACAUCUCGCAGGUGUUAUACGGGAGCAUUGGGUACUCGGUCGGCGCGCUCCAGGGCGCCGCGCUCGCGGUGAACGAGACCGCGCCCUCGCGCCGGGUGAUCCUGUUCGUGGGCGACGGCAGUCUGCAGCUCACGGUGCAAGAGAUCGCGACACUGAUCCGCCACGGCCUGAAACCCAUCAUCUUCGUGAUCAAUAACAACGGCUACACGAUCGAGCGGCUGAUUCACGGCAUGGACGCGGGAUACAACGAUAUCACCCCCUGGAAACAUACGCAGCUCCUGGAGGUCUUUGGCGCUGACCCGGAAAAGAGCAAGAAUCACCAGGUCAGGACGAAGACGGAGGUCGAGGCUCUGUUCCGCAAUGAAGAGUUCUCGAGUUGUCCGUAUAUUCAGCUGGUCGAGCUGUUUAUGCCACAGAAGGAUGCGCCCAGAGCGCUGAUCAAGGUUGGCCAGAUCACGGCCAAGAGAAAUGCUGCCGUCGGGUCGGACGCGUAAUGGUUUUUGGGGGGACGUUGGGGAGGACGGAGGACGGAGACGGAUAUAGAAAAGAAACUACUAUAGAUCUCGAAGCAUCUGGAUUGUUGCGCUGUAGUUAUGUAUGUGGGAGGAGGAUAUGUGGAUUUUUGGGGUCUUUUCUUGGCUUGUUCUUGUUCUUGUUCUUGUUCUGAGUAUAAUGUUUGACGAAUGCGAAUGCGAAAUGAUUUCUAUCAAGUUGAAGGUUUUGGUUAGAAGGAGGGGGCUUUGUGUAUUGUGUGAAUGGUAUGGUACAGUGAAAGGAAAAGGAAGAUCGUGAUAACAAAGAGAGCUCUAC